AUGGAGAAUGGAAAUUAUCCAUGGAUCGAAUGGAUCUUUGCCAGAUUUGUUCGGUGCGCAGGAAUAAUUCCCGGCGAGUUUGCUGUCAGUAUCGGAUGGCGGCAGUGUGGGGGUGGAGGACGCAAGAAUAGAUCCUCCAGCUCCAUCCGUCACGGGCCAUCGUCAUUCAGACACAGCAUUGUUGCGUCGCACUGGCUCUGUUCGUCAGGCAACAACCAGCCUCAGGCAGAGAGGCCAGCCCCAGGACAAAGAGCGGCGGGCAGAAGAGCGACAAAAACGGAAUCCCUCCAGGCCUCUUGGACUUCCAAUUCAGCAUCACCUGCAGAACUCCGAUAUGGCCAAGGUCAGUUUUGUGGUACAGUUACAAAUUCAACGCUGCUGCUAGGGCCGGCGGAGCGGCAGAUGGGCUUGGGAGCCUGCCACAGAGGCUGCAAAGUGGGGUUUUGGGUGGGCAAGACACUACCAGCUCCGACGGUCAUAUACAAUGGAAAAAUUGGAAUAAUAAGGAGGCUUGAAUUGCCGAGUGAUUGGCCAGUGGUUUGGUCUGGAAAAGUGGCCAUUGGCCGCAACCGCAGAGAGGGAUCAUCCCAACGGCGUCUUUCCAAGAGUGGUCCUGGUGGUGGUACCUUGCUGAUGCUUCGGUCUCUUGAUUCGGGAUUGUGGUUCGUUAAGGAACGGGAGCCAGCGAAAGCCACCAAUAUAACAAUCUAA